GGUCGAGCAGGACGGAGAAGACAGAGGCAACAUUCUCCAUCUCUGGUGUGGAAGCUCCGUCAGCUCCUCCCCCGAGCGUGAUCAGAUCCCGCAACUUGGACCACUUAUAGGCUCAGACGCACUUUGUUCACCACACACAACCAUCCGAGCAGACAACAAGAGCAGCUCUGUGGACCGGUGCUUGAGUUCUGUCCGCAGCCAUGGAGUGGCACGGUGCGUCCUGGGUCGCCUUGUUCCUGGUGCUCUGUUUCUGCCAGAGCUGCGCUGCUGAGAUCACCUGCAGGUCCUGUCAGAGUGGAAUUAAGCGGGGAGUGCUGGUGGACGUUAAGGGGGAAGUUGUGGGACGCGUGGCGCGCUCCGCGGAUACUCGCUGCUCCGCUUCUAAUUGCGCACCAGAUUGGGCGGAAUCACGGCGGGAUUCUGGAAUCAACAAGCAGUUUGCCGAGGUGAAAGUUGUUCCUUUCAGUGGGGUGGGUGGUGUCGGUUCCGGUCCAGAGAUCCGCGACACAGACCGCACCAGGAGAAGCCGCAGGGGAACGGAUGUGUCCGCACCGGCUGGACGCAGGCAGAAGCGGUCGGAGCUUCGCUGGAGCUCCGAGGAGCGAAGAGCAACCGGUCCGAAACCAGAGGAACAGAAACUCAACAGCUCCAUGUUCGCGCUGACCGGGGAUUCAUCCCACAACCAGGCCAUGGUCCACUGGUCCGGACAGAACAGCAGCGUGAUUCUGAUGCUGACCAAAUUAUUUGACUUCAACCUCAACAGCGUGACGGAGAGUUCAUUAUGGAGGUCGACGGACUAUGGGGCAACGUACCAGAAGCUGAAUGACAAAGUCGGAGCCAAGACGAUUCUCAGUUACCUGUACGUGAGCCCCAACAACAAGAGGAAGAUCAUGCUGCUGACCGACCCUGAGGUGGAGAACAGUCUUCUGAUCAGCUCAGAUGAAGGAGCCACCUACCAGAAGUACAGACUUGGCUUCUACAUCCUCAGUUUGCUCUUCCAUCCGGAGCAGGAGGACUGGAUCCUUGCUUACAGCCACGACCAGAAGCUGUACAGCUCGGUGGAGUUUGGAAGGAGAUGGCAGCUGGUGCACGAGAGAGUGGCUCCCAAUCGGUUUUACUGGUCUAAGACCGGUCUGGAUAAAGAGCCCGGCUUAAUUCACCUGGAAACCAGCAUCGCGGAAGGACAGGCGCUCUAUGUGACCUGCAAGCUUCAGAACUGCAGCGACGCCAACAAGGGCAAACCGUUCCCUGGCUACAUCGACCCCAAUUCUCUGGUGGUGCAGGACGAGUACGUCUUUGUCCAGGUUUCAGCCGCUGGAAGGCCGAUCUACUACGUGUCUGCCAAGAGAGACGUCUUCACUCCGAUGAAGCUGCCCAAGUACACUCUGCCCAAGGACCUGCAUGUGAUCAGCACAGACGAGAACCGCGUGGUCGCCGCCGUCCAGGAGUGGAACCAGAACGAAACCUACAACCUGUACGUGUCAGACACCUCAGGGGUCUACUACACUCUGGCUCUGGAGAACGUUGUGAGCAGCAUGGGCUUGGAAGGCAACGUCAUGGUGGACCUGUACGAGGUGGCUGGGAUCAAAGGAAUGUUUCUGGCCAACAAGAAGACGGACGGUCAGGUGAAGACGCACAUCACCUACAACCGCGGCCGAGACUGGCGGCUGCUGCAGGCCCCCGACAGAGACCUGAGAGGAAACAACGUUCACUGUCUGCUGCCGUACUGCUCGCUGCACCUCCAUCUCCACGUGUCGGCAAAUCCCUACACGUCUGGAAACAUCGCCAGUCGGGAGUCGGCGCCCGGGAUCAUUGUGGCGUCAGGCUCGUACGGAUCCGAACUUACCAACAGCAACGUCAGCGUCUACAUCACCUCCGACGCCGGCAACACAUGGCGACAGAUCUUUGAUGAGGAGUACGCCGUGCUGUAUCUGGACCAGGGAGGAGCGUUAGUGGCAAUAAGACACACUCCGCUUCCCAUCCGACACCUGUGGUUGAGCUUCGACGAGGGGCGACAGUGGAACAAGUACAGCUUCACCAGCUCACCGCUCUUCGUGGACGGGGUGCUGGGAGAACCGGGGGAGGAGACCCUCAUCAUGACGAUCUUCGGACACGUCAGUCACCGCUCCGAGUGGCAGCUGGUGAAGAUAGACUUCCGCUCCAUCUUCAACCGCAGGUGCACUGAGGCCGACUACCAGACGUGGCACCUCCACGACCAGGGCGAGCCGUGCCUGAUGGGAGUGAAAAGAAUCUACCGGAAGCUGAAGCCCACCUCCAGGUGCGUGAUGGGAAAGAUGUACUCUGUUUCCAUGACGUCCGGACCCUGCGACUGCACAGAGGCAGACUUCGAAUGCGAUUAUGGCUUCGAGAGACGGACGGACGGCAAAUGCACCCCCGCCUUCUGGUUCCAUCCAUCAGCCAUGUCCAGGAGCUGCAGCACGGGGUUGACGUUCCUGAACAGCACCGGGUACAGAAAGGUGGUCUCCAACAACUGCUCAGCAGGGGUCAGCAUGGAGUACACAGCCAGGAGGCAGCUGUGUCCCGUCCAAGCACCGCGAGGUCUCCACCUGGUCACCAGCGAGGGCGCGCUGACCGCCGUUCUCGGCACGAACGUCACCUUCCUGGUGUUUUUGGAAGAGGGUGACGGGGCGAGGACCAGCAUCACCCUGGACUUCGGGGACGGCCACGCGGUUACCUACUCCAACGUGAGCUCCAUCGAAGAUGGAAUCAAACACGUGUACAAAGCCGUGGGAAUCUACCGUGUCAUCGCCAUCGGGGAGAACGGCCUGGGCUCGGAGACGACGCUGCUGUACCUGCACGUGACAUGUCCGCUGGAGUACAUCCAUCUCUCUGCGCCGUUCGUGGCGGUGAAGAACAAGGAGGUGAACCUGACAGCAAUCCUGUGGCCCAGCCAGGUGGGAACCGUCACCUACAUCUGGUGGAUCGGAAACAACACGGAGCAGCCAGUUAUCACUCUGGAGGGAAGCCUGGCGUGCACCUUCUCCCGGGAGGGCAUCAACACUGUUACUGUGCAGGUGUCCGCGGGGAAUUCCAUUCUGCAGGACCGCAAAACCAUCGCAGUCCACGAGUACUUCCGCUCUCAUCUUCUGGCUUUCUCUGCCAAUCUGGACGACCACAACCCCGACGUGGCUGAGUGGCGACUGGACGUGAGCCGGGUCAUCAAGAACUCUCUGAUCCAGGCGACUGGCGUAAAGGAGGAGCAGCUUCUUGUCACCGUGCUGCCGGGUUUGCCAACCACGGCCGAGUUCUUCCUGCUUGUGGAUAAACGGUUAGCGGACGGGAAGUCAGAGAAGAGUUCGGCUCAGUUAGAUCAGCUCUCUGAGAUCAUGCUCAGCGCCUUGAAUCAGAACCUGGUCCAGUUCACGUUGAGGCCCGGCGUCCAGGUGACGGUGUACGCCGCCCACCUGUCAGCAGCGCCCCUAGUGGACACAAGUGAGAACCACAGUGGCUCAGCCAUGCUAAUGCUGCUCUCAGUUGUGGUCGUGGGUUUAGCCAUCUUUGUCAUCUACAAAUUCAAGAGGAAGAUCCCAGGCCUCAACGUCUAUGCGCAGAUGCAGAACGAAAAAGAACAAGAAAUGAAGAGUCCGGCGGAUCCAUUGGAGGCCCAGCCCGGCCCAGCUCGGGACCUGGUGCAUUCUUUGGAGACUCUGGACACCGAGUUCAACUCUCGGCCCAUCGAAGGGAAAGUGUCCGGUUCAGCAGUGUCUGGCCUCUAGAUCCGGCCCGACCCGGUGAAACCUGGUUGUACGAAGCCUCAUCUACAUGUGAAAUUUUCCACUGAUCUUCCCUCCUACGUUGUUUGAGCUCUGGACGUCCUCCGGACUUUUGACCUUUGGUUCUGGACUCGGUGGUUCUGAGCUUUAUACCUGUGCAUGUUGGACCUGCUGACAGAAGAAACUGUGUACAGGUUUUUAUUUUCCAUCGUCUUUGGGGACAUUUUCUAAAAGAGAAUCAUCUAUUUAUAUGUGAUCCAGAGGCGUGAACUAUUGAACAGGUACAGGGUGAAAACAACUGUUAUUUAUUCUAUACACAUUUAUUAAGCAGGUCAACCACGCAUUAUUUUCUAAAUCUGUAUUACAAACGUGUAUUUUAUCAACCAAGUGACUUCAGUGGAAAACUGACAUGCGGCACAAUCCACCGUUUUAUACAGAACUCAUCUUCUUUUGCUUCUGCUGUUACUCUGGCGCUUCUGUUAUGUUCACAAGGUCUUUGUAAAAACUGUAUUUUCCGCUACAAGCAAAUAGUUGCUCGCCCUUCCGUGCGACAUGCAGGAUGACACAUUCACAGGGAGCAGGGGGAACUUCAGAGUGGCUGUCAGGAGGAUAUUGUGAGAACGUGAUGCUCUGACUGUGCGACAGCUACGGAACAAAAUGGCCGCUACUGCCGCAGUGCUAGCUUCACAUUGUGCUACAGAUUACUGCUGGCUUAUAUUUGUCAGAGAAGGGUUCCUGCAGGCGGCAGCCCUGCGAGCUUGGUGUACCAUAGGGCACCAUUAUAUCGUGAUCCCCGACCUGUGCUGCCAGCCUCUUGUGUGGAGAGUCAGCAAGGUCCCUCAGGUUCAAUGGUUCAAAGGUAUGAAACAUGGUAUCACAUGGUCAUACAUGCUUGACUCACUCUGGGGAACGACUAUGCUACUGGAGACACACUCGUCCUGAGUUACCUAAGUGUUUACCUACCACUACAACAGGAGGUCUAGAAUGAUCAGGCCUCCAUAGGCAGCCCCUCUCUCGGCUGCACCACUGUUACCAACCCAGAUCUCGCUGCUGGUUGCAGCACUUUUCCUGGCCGACCUUCCACUGUCUAACCCAGACCGAUGGCUACAGUCAGGGUCUUUUUUGGUCCAGUCUCUAUCUCUGCCGCCCUUCACUGAGUCAUUACUGUUCCACCAAGUGUUUUGGGUCAGUUGGCAGGGGGCCAGGAGGUCAUGAUGAUGAAAUGUUCCUCUGCCAGAGCCUGGCACUGGCCAGUUCAGCUGUCAUCAUGGGGAGUUUGAGACUAUAACCCUGGAAUCUGGUUCAUAUCUCAAGGCAUCCUGUGACCAGGUGAAGCGGCCAUGACUCCCGAUUGUCUGAGGAGUGAGUGAGAGAGUCUGAAGUAUGAGCGUCAUCAAGAACUGUCCUUUUGAGACAAAUUUGUGGACCCCAACAUCAAGAGAUUUGCUUCUUGAAGUCUCCUUGACUGCAUUAGCUGGUCGACAUUUUUGAUGUCGACCGUCUGAGGUUUCUGGUAGCUGACGGUAGUUGAAGUGAUGGUGUAGGAUCAUGUAGGAGUGACACCAGACACCUUAAAACUUACUCAAAGGCAAGUAUGAGUGUGUUGUGCUGUUUGGUCUGACAGGUUGAUGCUCCUCAAACAACACUUCGUUCUGCCCUUCAUACUGCAUGUUCACAGUAUCAUGUUAGUCACAAUGAUGGUUGUGAUGAUUAAUUAAUAAGUAGACCUCAUACAAACAAUCUAAAAACAAACAUCAACCCAAAAAAUAUCUGAAUGGGGCAGCAGUUUUAAGGCCCAUUUAUGCUCCUUUCCAAACCAUGUUACCGUCACUGAUCACAGACUUCCAUGUGUUCUUUAUGUUGGUAUUGCUGUUCACCAAUAUAUCCACCGGGGGGAGCAGCCCAGAGUCAAAGAUCUAUGACAACAACAAACUCCAAAACAAACAUGGCGACUGUAGAAGAAGUACUGAUCACGUAUCAUCUCUUGCACAAGUGAGGAAACAGAGGCAGCACUGUAGGAGGCUGUGGUCGCUGAAGCCCUUAAAUACAUCGCCACUAGACAGAGAAUUUCCACCAUUGUUAUGUUUUCUUCCUGUCUCAUUAAUAUGGGGUAGUGACAGCAACACUGCCCCCCAUGGUUUCCAGUAGUACUGCUCUGUUUGGCCAGUAUCUGCAACCUUUGCAGAAAGAAAUUCAGAGGAAAUGAACGCAGAGCAUAGACAGAAGGCUUUGUCCAUAAAUGGGCCUUUCCAGGACAGAAGUGGUCACUCAUAUGAUGUAUCGUCUCAUACUCAGAAGUCAGAGUCAGAUGAGUCAGAGAUGAAGAUAUUGAGGUUGUUAUUGGGAGGAAGUACAAGACCAGAAAUGAGUCUAGCUGAGGGACAUGUGAAGUUUGGAGACAGAGUUAGGGAGGAGUUGUGGAGAGGAGAAAUGGAGAGGAGGAACACAACCAGAGAUUAUGGGGCAAUGAUCACAAUAGGUUCAGGACUGGCUCUUACAUGCCUUGGUAGGAAAUGACCAGAGAAGUGUGACAAAACACUGACACUGAAAACACAGCCAGAACUGAGAUUUUCACAAAUCAAACCCAUAAAGGAUAGGACCAGAUACAGAUGAGUUACAUGCAACACACUGAUCUGCACCUUCACUCACACAGGGGCGGUCAAUACGUCUGUGGCUCCACUCUUGGUUCCUCACACUUCUGCCACCACUUAGCAGCAGGCGGCCUGGAACUGGUCUCCACCAUCGACACAAAAGCACACAGUUUCCCUAACCUUGGCACAUCACUCACCAUAACAUUAUGACCACCAUCAUAGAUUCAACUUCAGAUGAGCUAGUUGUGAACUCCCGGAUGUCAUAAUGUUAUGGCUGAUUUCUGUCGUCACACAUCACGAAGGAUUUCAUCAGUGAAGUGCGCCCUCUGGUGGAAGGUCCCAGUAAGAGUCACUCUGGCAUUUUUUUCAACCCCAGACUGAGCAAUGCAGAAAGUCUAGUCCGGAUUUUAUUGUUGUUGGUGAAACUCUGUGCUACCUACGACCCCAGCUAGUUUGGACACCGGAUGACCUGUAACUGGGUUUUCCCUCUGGAUUCGGAAAAAGGAACGCUGAAGGACACUGCUCGCCGCGCUGCAGACGGUGAGAUUCUUAUUUUUGUAGAGAAACGUGAAUAAAAAAUAAUUUUAUUACUGUACAGGUUUUUAUAUCCGAUCAGACGAUGAAAGUGUUUCAGUGUUUAACUUUUGCUGUGGUGUCUUUGUUUUCUGCAUUUACAAUCAUAUUUAUUAAACGC